GAGCAUUUAUAUGUCAUUCACGGCAAACAUCAACACUGAGUGUUACUGAGUAGUGAGUUUGCACAUCUGCUGAAAGAACUGAUAUCUGUCGUCCAGCGGCCCGAAGUCGAGAGUGAGGUGCUGUUCACCCCCCUGAGCCGCGGUUUGGCGGUGCAGCUGCGCGCUGCAGUGGUACAUUCGCAAUAAAAUGGGUGUGGUUGAAUCGCGCAUAUGUGAUGCUACGUGUUUCUGCUGCAGACUCAAUGAUUUCAUGUGGGACUGAAUUGACAGCCGAGCGAGCGCAGAUUAUUUCAAUUAUUUAGAAAAACAACGGUACUCUUGUUUAUGUUGAAUCCACCCCGCCUCCUGUUCUGGCACAGUCACGUUUGAACUGAUGGAUGGGUUAUAUGCUUCUCCGGAGAGAUAGCCAAGUCGAUUUUUGGGGUACUUUAUUCUGACUUCUUUGAAGGGCCACGGGGUGUCUCGUGUUUUAGUGAAUUGGUCAUUUCUUGGACGAGGAGCGACGGUUAAAACGAGGAGACAAAAACGAGAAGACGGAGGAAGAAGAACCUCGGGAGGAAAGAGGCGAGGAUCGGGCAACGCAAUAUAAAGACAACGACAUAAUCUGGAAGCUUUACCCUAUUUGGACUUAUAACAUAUGUCGCUAAUUAUAGGCAGGGCGCAAAAUACGUUUGUUUUUUUCCCUAAAAGAGAAGUGUGCUGAAAUCAGGAAUACGGUGGAAAGGGCUUCCUGCUAUUCUCUCGAAGCGUUCAGAGGGCGACAUGGUGGUUCCAGACUUGAUGAUAACACAUUUUUGAUUCGUUCAUACAUGAAGCACACUGUCGUCGAGGCCUAACUGUAGCACCAGGAAAGAGGCGACAGUAUGCGGUCGGAGUCCUAAUCAUUUUCCAGCCGAAAAAUUGCCCAAGAAUUACUUCCGACACCCACUCCAGCAUUCCACUCACUUUACUGUACGCGGAGACUAAAGCCACACUGCAAGAUCAAAAGGUGUCUGAGGAGGUGAGAGAGGUCAGAGGGUAAAGGCUAAAGGUCAUUUCAAGAUGAGUGAGCUCGAGCAGCUUCGUCAGGAGGCUGAGCAACUGCGCAAUCAGAUCAGAGAUGCCAGGAAAGCAUGCGGAGACUCCACACUUACACAGAUAACAGCAGGUCUGGACCCAGUGGGGAGGAUACAGAUGAGGACGAGGCGCACACUGCGGGGCCAUUUGGCGAAAAUCUACGCCAUGCACUGGGGCACAGACUCCAGGCUUCUUGUUAGUGCCUCACAGGAUGGAAAACUCAUCAUCUGGGACAGUUAUACUACAAACAAGAUUCAUGCCAUCCCGCUGCGGUCCUCAUGGGUGAUGACAUGUGCAUAUGCGCCAUCCGGGAACUUUGUGGCCUGUGGUGGACUGGACAACAUUUGCUCCAUAUACAGCCUGAAGACGAGAGAGGGCAAUGUGAGAGUGAGCCGAGAGCUGCCUGGACACACAGGUUACCUUUCCUGUUGCCGUUUCAUAGAUGACAAUCAGAUUAUCACCAGUUCAGGAGACACAACCUGUGCUCUGUGGGACAUUGAGACAGGUCAGCAGACCACGCUGUUCUCUGGCCACAGUGGAGAUGUCAUGAGUCUCUCUCUUGCUCCAGACUCUCGAACCUUCAUCUCCGGGGCCUGCGAUGCCUCCAUUAAACUCUGGGACAUCAGAGACAGCAUGUGCAGACAGACCUUCACCGGCCACGAGUCCGACAUCAACGCCGCCUGCUUCUUCCCCAGCGGCAGUGCUUUUGCGACGGGUUCGGAUGACGCCACCUGCAGGCUGUUUGACCUGCGUGCGGAUCAGGAGCUGUGUUUGUACUCUCACGAUAAUAUCAUCUGUGGCAUCACCUCUGUGGCCUUCUCUCGCUCCGGACGCCUGCUGCUCGCCGGAUACGACGACUUCAAUUGCAACAUCUGGGAUGCCAUGAAGGGAGAGCGAGCAGGUAAACACACUGGAGUGCUGGCUGGCCAUGACAAUCGUGUGAGCUGUCUGGGAGUAACAGAUGAUGGCAUGGCCGUGUGCACAGGAUCCUGGGACAGUUUCCUGAAGAUCUGGAACUGACCAAACACACACAGUACACAUAAUUCACUCAACACACACUGUAUGUACUUUACACUCACCUACACAGACACACACACACACAUGCCUGAAUACAAACUGUACAUACUAAUAUAAAUAAGGCAACUAGGUAAACAUUUACACCAAUCUUUUCAGUGCCACAUCGCUCCAUACGUACAGUGCCCUCUAUUAAUAUCAGCAUCUUUCAUAAAUAUGAGCAAAGAAGGCUGUGAGGGGGGAAAGAUGCUCAGAUUAUGAACAAAAAAAAAAGAGAGAAGACGCUCAUGUAGAAUUUUCUAAUAGUUUGAAACUUUGGUUGUAUUCCACUCCACUUUUAGACACACACUUGUAAUCUUCCCUUCCCUCGUUCCCUCAGGGGAAUACCAAGGCCAUUAUAAGUGCGUUCCACUUCAUCAAGUGAAUGAGGGAAGCUUACCUAAACAUACUCUUGAUCCCUCAACAUUGACAGAUUUUGCAUCACUCCUGCACCUGUAUGUCCCAGAAUACAUUGCAAUUGUGACAUCACAACUGUGUUGUUCACAAGUGCUCAAGGGUUUAGGGCAUUCCAUUCAAACCCAUUCAGAUGUUCGACAGCAGUGGACACUUUUGUAACGUAAUCAUGACUUACAUCUGAGGGAACGAGAUGGAGGGAAGGUAGCGAGUGAAGGGUAUAACAAAUUGGACUGGAAUGCAGCCUUUCCUACCUAAAAACUUAACAAACUUGGGACGGGAUAGACACAUGUCCUCAUCCAGACUGAUUCAGAACACUUCCAAUUGACUGGAAUGGCUAAAUGUUCACCCUGAGGGUAGCCAUUUUUAAGGUUUUUGCUAUUUUCACAUACCUUCUUCCUAUUUACAGAAACUCAACAAGCUCUGUUUUUUGCUGUCAUUCAUUGUGAUCAAUUGCCUCCUAUUUCCAUCAUAAUAAUAUUUGAAAAUAAUAUUUUUACAGGCAUAUUUGGUCCUACUUACAAAAGAUGUGAAUAUUAGUGAAGGGCACCGUAUACAAUCACACUGUAGGUAGUUUUGGACCACGAGUAUAAAACAGGAAUGUUUACACACACCUUCCCCCCCUCUCAUGUAAGCUUUGCCAGACCUCCACUUACUAAAAGACACCAGUGGAUUUGGGGAUGUGCGUUGAGCGAGUCUUAUUCGAAAGUACGAUCCCAAAGCUCCCAAGUGGUGAGAGUUGAUCCAUUUGUUUUUAUUUUGAACUUUGUCAUUGUCUCCUGUGCGCAAACAUAAGCCUAAAGUACCAAUGAGCAUGUAGAGCUGGACAGAUGAAGACCUGAGACUAACGUCCUAGAUCACACUUUAUGUAGUCCAUGUUUUUAUAGAGGCGUUUGUUGGCAUAUUCCAGUAUAUAAGUAAAUAUAUGAUGUUCUUGUCUUCAUUUUAGGUUCAUUUGACAUUUUUAAACAACACUUAUUUUAUUCAUGUUUUUCUGUGUGCCGCACCCCAAGGAGAAUAAAGAAAACUAAAACAUUGUGCCACUAA